AGUGAGCACACGGCUCUGAGUUGUUUGAACCACACGGUUGGUAAAUAUUUGAACAACACGGUUGUUGAGAAAGGAGUCUCCAACUGACUUGCUGAUAAAGUAUUUUAUUAUCCCUCAACUCCAAAGACAGUCUCUCAAGUCCACUUCAGUCUUAGCCGAUAGCACAGUUGGAACAGCAUGAGGUCCAUCUCUGGCCGCCAGGAUGUGAUUGAGCUUCCACGUUUUACCUUCAAUCCGAAGGAGGGGAUCGAUAAUCCGGCUCUGGUCAUCACUGAUGAUUUUGAAUUAGACCAAAAUCUUCAGCCCAAACUCCACCAGUUGAGGCGUGUAGAGGGACAGAAUUUUGGCUUCUACUUGCAGAGGGCCACAGAUAACCAAGGCUUGCAGAUCACAGAUGUAGACCCAUGGAGCCCAGCUGAGCACAGUGGACUUAAAGAGGGAGACCGAGUGUUGGAGGUCAAUGAUGAAUAUGUGGUCAACAUGGACUUCUACAAGGUGGCAAGGAAGAUCCAGUCAUGCGGCCAACAUUUGUUUCUUCUGGUGCUGAAAAGAGUUGACUAUGAGCAGGCAGUUUGUUCAGGUGUGGACCUACAGAUGCUGGCUACAGCCUACAAGGGAGGCCCUUGUUGUCGGCCCAGACUGUGUCACAUCAACCGGCACCAGCACUCUGGCCUGGGGAUGACCCUGAGCUCAGUGAAAGUUCUAAAACGACACUGCAUACUGAGCAUCGGAACUGGUGGUCCAGCAGAGAAAGCUGGAGUCAGAAGUGGGGACAGAUUGGUCUGGAUAAAUGGUGUCAGGACAUCCAAUCUCACACACAACUUCAUCAACAAAUCAUUGAAGAAGAGUGCAGACUCUGUGACUGUGUUGGUUAUUGAUGGUGAAAGCGAGUCUUGCUACAUCAGGAGGAAAAUGCCCAUCUUGCCUGUGCUGGCAGUCGACUAUAAUCUUCCAUACUCAGCAAAGACAAUGCAUCUGGUUAAAGGACCUGAUGGAUAUGGUUUCCUGCUGAGGCAAGAGAAGCUUCUCGAUAUACAACGAACAGUUCAUGUUCUUAGGGAGGUGGACAAGGGGAGUCCAGCAGAAGAGGCAGGAAUGAUAGCUGGAGAUCUACUGCUGGCGGUCAACGGAGAACCAGUAGAGUGCAUGGAGCAUGAGGAUAUUGUCCAAAGGGUUCGGAAAAGUGGUACGAGAGUCAGCUUUACCGCUAUAUCGAUACCAGGGAGACGCCUCUUCAAAGAGCUUGGUAUUUCCCCCUUGUUUUUUCAUGAUGAAUUCAUAAACCAGGAUGACUGUGUCCUAGGUCAGAUCGGAAUUCAAACAGCACAGCCACAAAGGUUUGGUGAUGCUCUCUUGUGACGCCACCAUGGAAAUGAAGUAAGCCAAUCCAUCCAAAGCAGGAGCUGAAGGUUAAAGGAGAUUUUGGAUGAAAACAUUUUAAAAUAAAUUUCACACUGGCACUGGGUCAAUAAAGAUUUUGGCAGACUCUAAAAUUAAGUUUGUUUCAGUCAGCUAGAAACAAAACUAAUUCCAAGUUUUUGGACUGAAAGAUUCAGAUAAAAAUGAAGCAGUUUGAUCAAGAUACAAAUAAGAGCCA